AUGUUUUUCAUCCGAUUGACCCCACAUAUCAUUUAUUAAUAACAUACUUAAACAUUUCAAUCUCUAGUUUUCGGAAGCACAUAAAUGAAUGAUUUCAUUUUAGUAAUAUAUUUCCAAAUGUGUUCAUCUUAUAUUUAGCAUCUUUAUCCGAAGUUUGGCAUGGCAUCCAUCAACCAGCUGACCAAUAUUUUUUUUUACUCGAUGGUUUCGAUUACUUUACUUUCGUGUUUAUUUAUUGUGUUUUGUUCAAACAAAGAUAAUAUACAUUGUUGCUUUUUUUUAUAUUAUUACAACAGGAGAGUAUCGAAUAAAAAAAUAUAAAUAAUAUGGAAUUAAAGUUGAUGAAGAAAAAGAAAACAUCAAUUCCUUAAUGUCCAGGGUGAAUUAUCCAGCCAUACUAGAACACCACUAGUUACUUUUGUGUUAUAUUUUUAAUAAUGUUUGACGUCAUGUCAUCUUUGUAUCUUAUGAUCUUUUUUUUGUAAAGGCUAAUCCCUCCUUAAGGAAUGUCAAUUGUUUUUAAACCUGAAUAUAGCAAAAAAAACUAAUUAACUCGAAAUAUGUCUAUUUUGAGUCAUUUAAUUAUCAACGCUCACAUAGAUUACAUGUAGAGGAAGCAUGUGCUAUGUAAGUGGAAAAUAUAGAUAGUGAUUAAAAUAUAACUCGGCUAUCUGAGAGUAUGAUUAAUGGAGAACUUUUAAAAUGAAGUUUUUAGUAGAAUUUAAGAGUUGGUUCUUAAUCUUUUUAGUUAGAAAUUAACCGUUCUUAUAUUCGUUAAGAACCUCCCAUUAAUCAUGCUCUGAAUAACAAAAAUUAAAAGCAAGUGAACCCCCUUAGAGUAAAUGAUUUAUAGUAAUAUUACUUCGUAAGAAGCUAGUCCCUACAUAUUCUGUUGAUUUUAAUUAUUCGUUUACUAAAGACCUGCAUAUACACCUCUAAUUCUAAAAUUUAUAUAUAGGUGUGUGUCCUCUUCUCCGUUCUGCACUUCAACGAGAACUUACUACUUGGAUUGAUCUCUUCAUAUUUUCUUUAACUUCUUUUAGUUUACACUUAGGGUUUUCAAAGUUGGAGAGAGUGUGUGUGUGUGUGUGUUGAGAGAGAUGAUGCAUACUCCGUACAAUACUUCAACACAGGGGCAAUAUUGUCAUUAUUGCGCAAUGUUCCACCACCACAGCCAAAGCUGCUGCUACAACAACAACAACAACUCAAACGCCGGCGUUUACGAGCAGAACGGCGAAGAUUAUUACUCUUCCUCCGUCGUUGACUGCACUCUAUCUCUUGGCACUCCUUCCACACGUCUCUGCGAGGAGGAUGAGAAACGCAAACGCACUACUUCCUAUGGUCCUUCCUCUUGCAUUUCCAACUUCUUGGACUUGAUUCACACCAAAAACAACAACUCCAAUACGAAGCCGUCUUUUGACUUCCCUUCUUUCUCCACUGGUAAUCCCAUCAAGCCAACACGCGGUUGCCCCAGCGGUAACGGCGGUGGCGACUCUCUCCUCGCCCGACGCUGUGCCAAUUGUGACACCACUUCAACUCCACUCUGGAGAAAUGGUCCUAGAGGCCCUAAGUCCCUAUGCAACGCAUGCGGCAUUCGUUUCAAGAAGGAAGAGAGAAGAACCACGACGGCUUCAGGGAAUGCCGUCGUUGGAGCCUCACCUAUAGCAGGCGAUCCGUACGGACAUCACAACGCCAGCUACAACAAUUACAACAUUACCACUAGUCACAACAACAGUGGUACUUCGUGGGCUCAGCACACAACGCAGAGGGCUCCGUGCAACUAUCCGGCAAACGAGAUCAGGUUCAUGGAUGAUUACAGCAGCACUGGAGCUGAUAAUAACGGUGACUCUGACGGUAGCCACGGCGGCGUUCCGUUUCUUUCGUGGAGGCUAAAUGUGGCAGAUAGGGCAAGUCUUGUCCAUGACUUUACGAGAUGAAAAAGAAAGAGAAAUUGACGUUAGAUUCUUAAAAUAUCCAUGUAGUUUAAUUAUUUGUUAUGUCUAGGUUUCUUAAAAAACGAAGAAAAUGUUUGAAAAAGAAGUGUAUAUCG